GCUUCAGCUGGUCUUUGGGAAGGGCCGGAUCGGGGCGUAAGCUUCGGCGACCUUCGGGGCUCCGCUGAGUCGGUGGCCGCCGCUGCCUCAGGAAACAAGGGUAGUUACUGUACAAAAAGAAUUUCACCAGCUAUGGAACUUGCUCAUAGUUUGUUAUUAAAUGAAGAGGCUUUGGCUCAAAUCACUGAAGCAAAGCGGCCAGUUUUUAUCUUUGAGUGGCUACGGUUUCUUGAGAAGGUGCUUGUAGCUGCUAACAAGACAGAUGUAAAAGAAAAACAAAAAAAGCUUGUUGAACAGCUAACAGGUCUUAUUAGCAGUUCUCCUGGUCCACCAACAAGGAAAUUACUUGCUAAAAACCUUGCUGCUCUGUACAGCAUUGGGGAUACUUUUACUGUCUUCCAAACACUUGAUAAGUGUAAUGAUAUCAUCAGGAGUAAAGAUGACACUUCUGCCUAUUUAUCAACCAAACUUACUGCAGUGGCAUGUGUUGGAGCAUUUUAUGAGAAAAUGGGAAGAAUGCUGGGCAGUUCCUUUCCUGAAACAGUUAACAAUCUCUUAAAAUCUUUGAAAAGUGCUGAAUCACAGGGACGGAGUGAAAUAUUAAUGAGUUUGCAAAAAGUCUUAAGUGGCUUGGGUGGUGCAGCAGCUUCUUGUCAUCGUGAUAUUUAUAAGAAUGCCCGGUCGCUCCUGACAGACAGAGCUAUGGCUGUGCGCUGUGCAGUAGCAAAGAGUCUACUAGAACUUCAAAAUGAAGCUGUGUUUAUGUGGACAACAGAAUUAGAAAAUGUAGCAACUCUAUGUUUUAAAGCACUGGAGAACUCAAAUUAUGGUGUACGAGUUGCAGUAUCCAAACUUCUGGGGACAGUUAUGGCUACAGCACUGAUACCAAAGCAAGCAGCAGUGAUGCGCCAGAAUGUGAAGAAAGCAACAUUAGAAGAGGUUUUAGAACUCAUGGCCACUGGUUUUUUGCGAGGAGGAUCUGGGUUCUUAAAAAGUGGUGGAGAGAUGUUAAAAGUAGGAGGAUCUGUUAAUCGAGAAGUGAGAGUUGGGGUUACUCAGGCCUACGUUGUCUUUGUCACAACCCUAGGAGGUCAGUGGCUAGAACGCAAUUUUGCAAUUUUCCUGUCACACGUGCUGGAUUUGGUUUCUCAUCCUCGUGCAACUCAAACUCAUGUAGAAGCUGUCUACUCUCGGAGAUGUGUCUCUUUUAUCCUCAGAGCGACAGUAGGAAGUCUAUUGGGAGAGAAGGCACAGAUUGCGGCUGCUAAAGAUAUUUGUCAGGCUAUUGAUAAACAGAUGAAGGCAGUAGAAACAGUUGUGAAUGAUGCUAAUAUUGAAAACAAAUCAGGAGCAGCAGAAGUUGCCGCAAGUCAACAUGUAAUGGUUUGUGCUCUUCAAGAGCUAGGAAGUUUAGUUCAAAGCCUGAAUGCCACUGCAUCACCACUUAUACAGGAACCUUCUAUAGGAUUGCUUGAGACGGUUACUUCGGUUCUUCUCCAUCCUAGUAUGGCUGCUCGACUUGCUGCUGCAUGGUGUUUGCGCUGUGUGGCUGUCGCUUUGCCUUUCCAGUUGACUCCGUUAUUGGACCGGUGUGCAGAAAGGCUUAACAACCUGAAGACUUCCCCAGAAGCUGUUAGUGGAUACAGUUUUGCAAUGGCUGCUUUGUUAGGUGGCGUUCAUCAAUGUUCUUUAGGCAUCCCUCAUGCCAAAGGAAAGAUGGUUGUUAGCAUUGCUGAGGAUCUCUUGCGGACUGCUGCACAAAAUAGCAGGCUGUCCUUACAGCGAACCCAGGCCGGGUGGCUUUUGCUGGGGGCUCUAAUGACUUUAGGUCCUUCAGUUGUCCGUUACCAUCUUCCUAAAAUGUUGUUACUAUGGCGAAAUGUGUUUCCUCGUUCGCUAAAGGAAUUAGAAGCUGAAAAAGCUCGUGGAGAUUCCUUUACAUGGCAAGUAACACUGGAAGGACGUGCAGGAGCUCUCUGUGCUAUGAGGAGUUUUGUUGCCCACUGUCCUGAACUUCUAACAGAAGAUGUUAUUCGAAAAUUGAUGACACCUAUUGAAUGUGCUAUGACAAUGAUGUCUCACAUUCCUUCUGUAAUUAAAACCCAUGGAGCACAUCUGAAGGCAAGCGCAGCAAUGGUUCGAUUAAGGCUUUAUGACAUUUUGGCUUUGUUACCACCAAAAACAUAUGAAGGUUCUUUUAAUCCACUUCUUCGGGAGCUGGUGGCAGAAUUUACUCUGACAGACAAUUCUGCUAAUACAACGACCUCCCUGCUAAGAUCACUUUGCCACUAUGAUGACAGCGUCCUUCUUGGCUCCUGGCUGCAAGAAACAGACCAUAAAUCAAUUGAAGAUCAGUACAAAAAGAAUGCUGAGGAAUUGGAAAGAGUGCAGAGAAGAACAACAAAGAUGCUCCAGCCCAACAGUGCCUCAGGUAGUGGUGCUCUAGAACACGAUCCCUCCUCCAUUUACUUGCGUAUCCCAGCUGGAGAAGCAGUGCCAGGGCCUCUUCCUUUGGGAGUAUCAGUCAUCGAUGCUUCAGUGGCUCUCUUUGGAGUUGUUUUCCCUCAUGUGUCCUACAAACACAGGUUACAAAUGUUGGAUCAUUUUGCAGAAUGUAUUAAGCAGGCAAAAGGUGUUCGUCAACAAGCAGUGCAGCUUAAUAUUUUUACUGCUGUUCUCAGUGCACUAAAGGGCUUGGCUGAGAACAAAAGUACCUUAGGACCAGAAGAAGUCCGCAAGUCUGCUUUGACUCUUGUAAUGGGAGCACUUGACAAUCCUAAUCCUAUUUUGAGAUGCGCUGCGGGAGAAGCUCUGGGAAGAAUGGCCCAGGUGGUUGGAGAAGCCACUUUCAUUGCCAGGAUGGCUCAGUACAGUUUUGAUAAGUUGAAAUCUGCUAGAGAUGUUGUAUCAAGGACUGGCCACUCUUUGGCUCUUGGAUGUCUACAUCGCUAUGUUGGUGGAAUAGGUUCUGGGCAGCAUUUGAAAACCAGUGUCAGCAUUCUGUUAGCACUAGCACAAGAUGGAACUUCUCCUGAAGUUCAGACAUGGUCUCUCCACUCACUUGCUCUAAUAGUGGAUUCCAGCGGACCAAUGUAUCGUGGAUAUGUGGAGCCCACCCUAUCCUUGGUUCUUACUUUACUUCUGACAGUGCCCCCAUCCCAUACAGAAGUUCAUCAAUGUUUGGGUCGGUGUCUGGGAGCUAUAAUAACAACUGUUGGUCCUGAGCUGCAAGGUAAUGGAGCUACUAUUUCUACCAUCCGUUCCUCAUGUCUGGUGGGAUGUGCAAUUACACAAGAUCAUUCUGACUCUCUUGUUCAAGCAGCUGCCAUUUCCUGUCUCCAGCAACUUCACAUGUUUGCGCCACGACAUGUUAACCUUUCUAGUCUUGUUCCCAGUCUUUGUGUUCACCUAUGCAGCUCCCACUUGCUUCUACGUAGGGCUGCAGUAGCAUGCCUGAGGCAGCUUGCCCAAAGAGAAGCAGCAGAAGUAUGUGAAUAUGCCAUGAGCUUAGCAAAAAAUACUGGAGAUAAAGAAAAUAAUGGGACAAGACUUGGCUCUCGAAGAGAUAGUCAUGGCAGACAUCGAGGAAUUAAUAUAACAGAGACAGGAUUGGAAGGAGUUCUUUUUGGAAUGUUAGAUCGUGAGACUGAUCGGAAAUUGUGUUCUGAUAUUCAUGAUACUUUGGGCCAUAUGCUUUCAUCUCUGGCGGUGGAAAAGCUCUCGCACUGGCUAAUGUUAUGUAAGGAUGUCCUCGCAGCAUCCAGCG